AUGUUUCGUCAAUUACAUAUCCUAUCCGGGAAUUAUUGCAAACCAAGAAGAAAUUUGUCUGGUCCUCAAAAUGUGAAGCAGCAUUUAUUAAGCUUAAAAAGUUGCCAGCAAUCGCCUUUUGAUCCGUCCCUGCCAGUCACGGUAUCAUGCGAUGCAAAUCCAGUAGGAAUUGCAGGAGUACUGUCCCAUAUCAUCGACGGCGUUGAAAGGCCUGUAGAAUACAUGGCUCGUGCUCUCACGGCGGCCGAACGGAAUUAUAGCCAGCUGGACAGGGAAGCUGUUGCUAUCGUAUUUUCAAUUCAGAAAUUUUAUAGAUACUUAUAUGGCCGUUCGUUUACGCUAAUAACGGACAACCGUCCACUAACAAGAAUUUUUCAACAAGACGCAAAGCUACCUGCUAUCACAUCGACACGAUUACUACGUUAUGCAGCGUUUCUAAGCAAUUUUGACUACAAGGUAAAACAUCGGAAAGCAGAGGAACACGGUAAUGUCAACUACCUGUCACGAGCUCCGUGGGAAUCCAGUCCGGUGAUCCAGGAUGAAGAUGAAGAAAUAAACGAACAAGUAAUCAACCACAUUUCAACUAGUGCAAUCACAAGUGAAAUUAUAGCAGAAGAAACGAGCAAAGAUAAAGAACUUUCAAAGCUAAGAGAAGAACUUGCCUCCGGGAAAAUCUAUGAUCCAAUCUACAACCUACAUAAUAACAUUGUCUUCAGAGGUCGACGUGUUUUUAUACCCGCUUCCUUGCGCUCAGAAAUCUUGAAAGAACUACACUGCACUUAUCCUGGUAUAUCAAAAAUGAAAAAUUUGGCCAGACGAUACUGUUAUUGGCGCAAUAUCGACAAAGAAAUUGAAGAGCUAGUGCGCUCAUGUCCAGAAUGCGCAAAAAUACAAAACGAGCCAAAGAAAGUUAGCCUUCAUCAUUGGGAAGAUCCUAAAAUAAAUUUUCAACGCGUUCACAUAGACUACGCUGGACCAUUUCAAGGACAUCAAUUUUUUAUUCUUGUAGACGCAAAAUCGAAGUGGCCAGAGGUCAGAGUGACAGGAAGGAAUCCAACAUCUACUUCAACCAUCCAUUUUCUGGAAAACAUCUUUAGUUCACAUGGAUUACCGGAGGUGAUGGUAUCUGACAACGCUACAAUUUUUAAAAGCGAGGAAUUUAGGCAGUAUUGUAAAAAUAAUGGCAUUUUUCAAAAAUUCAUUGCUCCUGGACAUGCUGCUACAAAUGGAUUGGCAGAAAGAUACGUACAAAUUCUCAAAAGAAAAUUAAAAGCCAUGGAAAACAAACCAGGAACAAUAACUGCGAAAAUAGAAAAAAUUCUAUAUCGUUUUCGGGCCACACCAUUACAAGAAGGGAAAAGCCCAUCAGAACUCUAUUUAAACAGGCAAAUUAGAACAAAGUUAGACUUAUGGCACCCCUCACAUACAAGCCAGAACUUGAUCAAAAAUUCAAAUACAAGACAAUUAAGCGUGAGAAACAGAGUGCUAUCACGAGCAUACGGAAGAACCAAACAUGAUGGCUAUAUCAUAAAGCGACACAUCAACCAAUUACGGCUGUCCGGGAUUCCCAUGGACAACGUAGAAGAGAAAUCAGUCUGUGUUAAUCCAAAAAUCAGGUACUGGUAUCCAGUACAAGAUGACGAACCGGAAGUACAACCGCCGCAUCAACAAGCACAGGAUCCUGAAGAGAUGCCGAUUCCUCAAACACAGAGCACCCAAGCGGCAAAUGAACAGAACAUGUCUCGAGGAAACCAGAAACCAAUUCUUCAUAGAUCUGAAAGAAUCAGAAAACCUCCGACACAUUUAAAAGAUUUUGUUCAGAAAUAA